UUCAAUGGAAAAUUGGAAAAUUGGGGUGUUUUUCUACGAAGUUUUUAGUAUUUUUAUUUUGAUGAAACAAAGUAGAAUUUUUUCAACUUCGCAAAUGCACUAAUAAAUAAACCCGCAAUGCCGCUGACCGUACGACAAAGAAGUAUUCAUAAUAAAAACGGUGCUAAAAGAGCAGCCAGUUUCAACAAAGGAAAACGGAGACCUAGCGAAGGAGAUUACAUUGUCACAAAUGCCCCAACUGAUCUCCGUAGUAUCUCAUACCCCGGUGGAGCUGCAGCUUUAAGUUUAUUACUGACUGCCAGAAUCAUAUCUGCGAUCUGGAACCAUAUUUCUGAUUGCGAUGAGACAUAUAACUAUUGGGAACCUUUGCAUUAUUUGGUGUAUGGUCAUGGACUACAGACAUGGGAAUACAGUCCCGUUUAUGCAAUCAGGUCUUACAUGCCACUGUUUUUGUUUGCUGUGCCAGCGAGAAUACUGUCCUACAUACUAAAUCCAGUGUCCAUCUUCUAUGUGUUGAGGAUAGGCCUUGCUGUUCAUACAGCUGCAACUGAAUUCAUGUUUUACAAGGCUGUGUGCCACGAAUUUGGGGUACAUGUUGGCAGACUAUGGCUGGCUAUGACGUUACCGGCGGCUGGAUUAUUUUCUUCCAGUACUGCGAUGCUGCCUUCUGCAUGGAGCAAUGCCAUAGUGAGUGGAGCACUUGCAUGCUGGUGGAGGAAACGAUACCAAUCUGCAGUGUUCCUGACUGCCGUCACAUCACUGCUCAGCUGGCCAUUCACUGCACUCCUUGGAAUACCGAUAGCGAUAGAUAUGCUAGUACUAAAACGGAAAUUCAAAGAAUUUUUCACAUGGUCUUUCCUCUCACUUAUCAUCAUUCUCGUACCAACUGUACUGGUGGACGCUUGGUAUUACGGACGGCUAGUCAUAGCACCAUGGAACAUUGUAGCCUACAAUAUAUUCACAGAGCACGGGCCGGAUCUCUAUGGGGUUGAACCCUGGACUUAUUAUAUUGUUAAUGGUUUCUUGAAUUUUAAUAUUGUUUGGGUGUUAGCCUUAUCUAGUCCAAUUCUCCUGUUAGCUUGCACAGUUCUCUCGUCCAAGUCUACAUCAAGAGCAUCGUUUUGUACUCCAUACUGGUUGGACUUGAUGCCCUUAGGACUGUGGCUAGUUAUAUUUAUGCUGCAACCCCAUAAGGAAGAACGAUUCAUCUACCCGGUAUACAGCUUGAUAAUCCUAGCUGGCGCCAUAGGCCUGGACUGUGUUCAGAAAAUGAGCUUCGCAGUUGGAACCGAACUGUUCCGUUGGCGCAGAGAACGGGAGAAGAGACACUACCUCUCCUACACCGGGACCAUCAUGGUGGUGUUCGUUGGCGUGGCUGGACUGGCUGGGUUGUCACGUAUAACGGCGUUGUACACAAACUACCAAGGAUCACUGACGAUUCUACACAAUUUACCUGCAACGGAAACUGAAAAAGUAGUGUGCUACGGUAAAGAGUGGUAUCGUUCACCAUCCAGUUUUCACUUGCCAUUGGGAUACAAAAUGAGGAUUAUACAGAGCGAGUUCAAUGGUCAAAUGCCGGCUCCGUAUGCUGACACACAGAAUGCAUCACGCCUCAUUCACCCGUACCUCAACGACCAGAACAAAGGAGACAACAGCACGUACUACAAACCCAAGGAGUGCCACUACCUGGUCGAUUCGGACUUGAGCAAGCCUUCGAAGCUCCAGCCGGCUUACCACAAGGACCCCAACUGGGAAGUCGUGGCCACCGCUUCAAUACUAAACGCGGAACGAUCAAACAGAAUACUGAGAGCGUUCUAUAUUCCGUUUUUGACGUCGAAGAGUUGCGUGUACGGGAACAUGUACUUGCUGAAGAAUAAAUCCUUAUAGGGCAGGGCGCGCGCGUGGGGCGGUCAGAGACGCGACAAGCUCGUGGUGUUCGGGCUGGCGCACAGCCCGGCCGAUUAUAAAGGGUGGGCCCUGAAGAAUUUUCAUCCUAAAGUGUACAAGUUCAAGAAUUACGGAACUCUCGUGGCGUACAAGCGCGUGUGAAUCGUGAACGAUAUGAACUGUGUGUGUCGUUGUUGUAUAAUUGUGCUUUUAGAAGUUUAACACGCGUAUUUUGAUAUUUUUACAUUAACAUCUUUUUAUAAUUGUUGUGAUGUAAGUACACACUUUUUUAACAUAAAUACAUUUUACGUGUUGCUGUACGAUGAGAUCGAUAAAAAUUAUCGAUAAAAUCAAGACCAGUAGAAAUUACGUACUGGCCGCUAUAUUACAAAAAAUAUGACUAAAAAGUAAAAUUAAAAGACCUUAAUCAAUGAAAUGGUGUAUAAGAUUUAACCAUAGGAGAAGUUUAAAUAGAUUUGAUUAGAAAACUCUAACUAAAAGUUCCUGCACGCCAAUAGAUGGCGCUGAUUUCAAUAAAACUAGCUGGUUAAGAAACUUUGUGUGAAUGUAUUUAAGGAUUGGUGCUUUUCACGUGACUGUUAAAUGUUGCGUAAAGAACUUAGUAUUUGUAAUUAGAUCUUUUAGCAUAUGUAUGUGUGAUCUGUAGAUUAGCAUUUUAUAUGUAAUAUAAUGUUCUGUGCAUCAGCUCCUAGGGUGUCAGAGAUAUGUUCGUGAAUACAGUUGAGUACGUAUUUUUUAUUUAUUUUUCUUGCUGAGAUGUGUGGACGAGCUCACAGCCCACCUGGUGUUAAGUGGCUACUGAAGCCCAUAUACAUCUAC